UCGAAACUGUUAGGCGUGUUUUUAUAAAAUGCGCCCGAGACUUUUCUGGCGGUUUUAUUGAGCAUUUUACUUUGUCUGUGGUGUUGUUUUGACGUCAUCCUUUUUAUUUUAAGACUGAUAUUGUUUGGCUGGCUGAUAAGGAGUCAAUGGAAAAAUUGCAAUUAGAAUCACUAUUAAGGCCGUAUGGUCAAGAGCAUCUUUUAACAUUUUGGAAUGAAUUAAGUGAAGAUCAGCAAUUAAAUUUUGAAAAAGAUUUGCGCUCAAUUGACUUUUCCUGCAUUUCAGACCUAAAGAAAUGUACCGACGAACUUGCAAAAGAGUCCGACACUGACGAGUUAAUUGAGUGUUUACCUGAAGAUAUAUGUGUUAAAAAGAGUGCUGCUUCACUUGAGCUGCAGCAAAAGUGGUGGGAUGAUGGCUUGAAACAAAUUUCUGAAGGUUUGAGUGCUGUAUUGUUAUUGGCUGGUGGACAAGGAACUCGCCUAGGAGUUUCAUACCCAAAAGGUAUGUAUAAUGUUGGUCUACCAUCAGGUAAGACAUUAUAUCAGAUCCAAGCUGAACGUAUUUUAAAAUUACAACAAUUAGCAGAAGUGAAAUACAGUAAGCCUAGCUUUAUACGAUGGUACAUAAUGACCAGUGAAGCAACAUUAAGUGCAACUUGUGAAUAUUUUGCGCUACAUAACUAUUUUGGAUUAAAGCCAGAGAACAUUGUUAUUUUUGAGCAAAAUUUGGUACCUUGCUUGACAUUUGAUGGAAAAAUAAUUCUUGCGUCUAAAGAUCAUAUUGCCAAAUCACCUGAUGGUAAUGGGGGUUUAUAUGGAGCUUUGUUAAAAAAUAACAUCAUUGAUGACUUUGAAAAACAUAACGUAAAAAAUGUUCAAGUGUAUUGUGUUGACAACAUUCUUGUAAAAGUUGCAGAUCCUUCAUUUACUGGAUUCUGCAUUGAAAGAGGUUUGGAAUGUUGUAAUAAGGUUAUAGAAAAGACUGAUCCAAAGGAAGCAGUUGGAGUAGUAUGCAAACUUAAAGGAAAGUAUCAGGUUGUUGAGUAUAGUGAAAUAUCAAAAGAAACAGCCGAAAAACGUUCAAGUGAUGGAAGACUUCUUUACAAACAUUCAAAUAUUUGCUUGCAUUAUUUCACAGUUGAAUUCUUAAAAAAAGUUAUAAGUGAACACUUGAAUGAGCUACCGUAUCAUAUUGCUAAAAAGAAAAUACCAUUUGUAGAUCUAUCAAGUGGAGUGUAUGUUGAACCUAAAUCACCAAAUGGGAUAAAAUUGGAGAAGUUUGUGUUUGAUGUUUUUCCAUUUUCAAGCAAUUUUGCUGUUUUUGAAGUUGAAAGAAGUGAAGAGUUUUCACCAUUAAAAAACGGCCCCUCUGAAUCAGUUUGUUCCCCUUCUUCAUGUAAAAAUGAUGUAUCUGACUUACAUCUUAAAUAUCUUUUAAAUGCUGGAGCAAUUUUAAAACAAGAGAAUGGUAAAACAGAUUUUUUGUGUGAAGUUUCACCACUUGUUUCUUAUGGCGGUGAAGGAUUAUCUGAUUACAAUGGUAAAGUGAUUUCUAAAGCAGCAAUCGUUUAUAUAGAUGAAAACCAUAGAUCUCCUGUGCACAAGAAGUCUAAAAAUUAAUGCUAUAUUAUUAUUUCUAACGAAAAACCAUUAUUUUAUUAUCAUAUUUUAAUACGAUUUAAAAUUAUUUUUACUAUUAUCUAACUACUCCAAAUUGAUUUUCUAUAUUACAUUUUCAAAAUGGUUUCUCUGUAUUGAGAGAAACCUGUUCUCUAUCAUACAAUUUAGAUGAUUUGAAAGGGAGUAAAAUUCUAUAUUAAAUAAGGGAGUAUUUUAGUCACAUGUUUUUAAUGUUUUUUGAACGGUAAAUUAUAUUAUAUAGUCUUAACGUUUCAUACUAUGUAAUUACUAAUUUAUUGUCUAUAACGUUUUUUCUACUAUGAUAUUUUUUAUUAUUGUAAAAAUAAUUGAAUCGCAGAUUUUACUUGGAAUAGGAUAUUUUUAUUAAAAA